GAUGGCCACCAAGGACGCCCUCAUCGCCGAGGAAGGCACAAAUUUUGGGGGAUCGAGUAGCGGUGAUAUUGCCGUCUUUGACAAGACCGCCGAAGUUGUAAACUUCGAGCUCGAGCCGAAGCCAAUCGGUUUGACCAAGGAGCAGCUCGAAAAGUACAGAAAUGAUCCGUUCUGGAAGCCGGUUCGAACAAUUCUGUUCGUUCUUUUCUGGCUCGCUUGGGUCCUAAUGUUCGCCGGAGCCAUCGCCAUCGUUGUGCUGUCGCCAAAGUGUGCUGAGAAGCAAAAACCAGAUUGGUGGCAGACAAAGGUCUCCUAUCAGCUGCUCACCGCAACAUUCUACGAUUCGGACAACGACGGAGUCGGAGAUUUCGCUGGAAUCUCACAGAAAAUCGAUUUCCUCCGGAAGAUCGGAGUCACCACUGUCUAUCCAACACCGGUCAUCAAGAUUCAUAAGGAUGAGUACUUCAACUCGUACGAUGUCGUAGAUCACAAUUCCGUCGAUGAGAGAUUCGGAACUGAGGAGCAGUUUAAGGAGCUUAUCGACACAGUUCAUAAUAGAGCAAUGUAUCUUGUGAUGGAUCUCCCUGUGUCUACCAUUGAUCUCUCCCACCCAUGGUUCGAGAGUCGUGACGAGUCGAAAUUCGUUAUCGCAAAACCGACAGAUCCUGGAUUCAACGAGUCCAACUUCUACCCAUUCCAUGGAGCUAAUAAUAUUAAGUAUCUUGGCUACCCAUCAAGCCAGAAUCCAGUGUUGAACUGGAAGAACGCUGACGUCAAAUCGACAAUCAAUGGAGCUAUUCAAAAAUUCUUGGAUCUAGGAGUCGACGGAUUCCAUAUCGAUCAUAUUAGUCAAUUGGCUGUUGACUCUAAAGGAAGACCAAAUCAUGAUGAAGCCGUUAAAGUGCUCGAGGAGCUCACGAAAUCUGUCCAAAUAUAUGUUGAAUCAAGGGAUGAGUUGGUAGAUAAGAAGAUUGUCCUCUUCUCCUCACUAAAAGACGUUGAAGACUUGCACGUGAAGGCCACAGAGACCGGACUUCUUCACUACGUUAUUGACAACUCUUUCGCCAAUUUGGACGAGAAGAAAUGUCAGCCACACGUCGCAAAAUGUGUUCAUGACGCUUUGAAUGCGGCUUAUCAAAGACAUGAGGUGGCCAAGUACACUCCACACUGGCAAUUCUCAAACUCUGAAGCUUCUCGUCUGGCGUCUCGUUUCGAAUCAGCCACCGCCCAUCUUCUCUCAUUCCUUCAAUUGACACUUCCCGGAGCGAAUUCUGUGUAUUAUGGACAAGAAUACGGUCUGAAAGACGCGAUGAGCAAGAACGGAGAGUUCAAGCAAAUGGGUGUAAUGCAGUGGUAUCCAGCUGGAAAAGAUCAUCACGGAUUCAGUGGAAACGAUGCUCCGAUUUUCUUCCCGGAAAGCGAUGAUAAAUUGGAGUUGGACAAUUAUAAUACUCAAUUUGAAACUGAAAACUCUGCUCUCAAGAUCUACCGUAAGCUUGCAAAGCUUCGCCAACGCGACGAGGCUCUGAUUGUUGGAGAAACCGUUCGUGAUGAGCUGAUCAACGAAGACGUGAUUCUGUUCUCUCGCUACGUGCAGGCUGUCAAUAACACUGCAACUGGAUCCACGUUCAUUGUGGCUCUGAACUUUGGAGAUAAGGAGCAGAAGAUCGAUUUCUCGAUUGAGCCCGCUUCAAAAUUGAUUCCAUCAAACAAGGAUCUUUUGAAUGCAGAGAUCUCUGUUGUUACCGCCAACGUCACCGACUACAGAGUUCGAGAUCAUCACAACUUUGUCGAAUCGCCUCUGGUACUUCCACCAAAGCAGGCCGUCCUCCUCAAACUAUAAAAUUCCCAUCUGAAUAUAUUUUAUCUGUCUCUUUCCCUUUGGAAACCUAAUUCCUUGUUCAUCUUCAAAUUUUCAUGUUCUAACAAAAAGUUUCUACUUUCUCAAAAUGAAAAAGAGUUUCC